AAGAGCACGCAGCACCCAGCGCUGCCCUCAGCACUCUCCACAUCCCUGUGCUGAGCACUGCAUCCUCUACUCUGAGAACUCAUCAUGGUGGACCACUUUCUGGGUACCUGGAAGCUGUCCGACAGCCAGGGCUUUGAUGAGUACAUGCAGUGUCUAGGGGUUGGCUUUGCCACAAGAAAAGCUGGUGCCAUGGCAAAGCCAAAUAUUGUCAUUUCUAAACAUGGCGACGAGAUCUCCCUAAAAACGGAAAGCAGCCUGAAAACUACAGAGAUGAGGUUCAGGCUUGGAGAGGAGUUCGAUGAGACCACAGCAGAUAACAGGAAGACAAGGACCGUUAUAACUUGUGAUGAUGGAGUACUAACGCAGGUGCAGAAAUGGGACGGUAAAGAGACUACUAUCAAAAGGGAACUGAAGAAUGAGCAGAUGGUGGUGACUUGCACCAUGGGAGAUGUGAAGUGUGUCCGUACGUACGACAAGUUGAAGGCUUAACUUUAGUCUGUCAAUGAGACUGAAACUGAAAAACAGCUCAGUUCAAUGAGCCUCGCUCAGCCACACUACUCUGCGAUCUAUUUCUAUUUCUUGAUUCGAUGCACAAAAAAUAUACGUGUAAAAUUCUACAUGGAGGCAGUAGUGUACCUAAUCUGAAACUGCUGUGAAUCCCAAAUAAAUUCCUUUACAUCCUG